AUGCUGUCAGCAGCUAUUUUCACCAUCAAUGCUGUCAUCGGCCUUGUUCUGAUCGGCAUCCUCGCUGCCCCUUCCUCCUCCACGCUUCGACAUUCAUUGGGCAACGGGACAGCAGUUCCUAGCGUCUUGCUGCCGUUCCUUGCUUCCUUGCUUGCAGCGCCCCUUUCGGUUAUAGAACGAAAAAAGACGCGGGGAGGCAGCAUGCUCCUUCCUCUGUGGCUCCUCGUCUCUCUCCUCUUCAACGCUUGCCGCAUCCGAACUUUGAAUGCCAUUCCUGUCGUUCGCCAUUCCUCCUUCUUCGACAUUUACCUUAUCGCCUUUGCAUGCCAGGCACUGAUGCUUGCUGUGGAGAACGCGCAAGUUGUUCGCACCGACGAUGUGAUCAGCUCCACCAACGAGUCGCGUGCAGGCUUCUUGUCGCGGCUCUUGUUCAUCUGGGUGUUCCCCCUGCUUUGGACCGGCUUUCGCAGACCUCUCGAGAUGCGGGAUCUUGAUGCCCUCAAACCCGAUCUUCAGGGACAGUCGCUUGCCAACGAGUUUAUCGCAAGUUGGACAGGGGUAUCCAUCAAGCAGCAACCCCAAGCUUUGGAGUCGCAACGAUACUCUUUUGAUGUCAAGGAGAACUCCGUGGAAGGCAGCGAGGCUUUCCCACUCGAAAAGCUGGGAUCAACCUCCCCAGACAACCCCCUAUCGAAACCAGGACCUGGUCCUCUGUACGAGGGCAAGUCCUUUCCCCGGCGAAUUGUGAAGCGUCGCCUCCUCACAGCCACCUUCCGCGCCUUCCCGUUGGCUGCACUGGCUCCGGUGCCAUGGAGGCUCGUCUUGACCGCCUGCCGUCUUUCGCAACCCUUCCUCGUCUCUACCACCCUUGGCUUUGUUCAGUCAUACUCUGAUGAUGCUAAGAAGGAUGUGCGAUCUACAGCUCAGCCCGUCGCUUACGGCUGGGGUCUGGUGGGCGCGUAUGGAUUGGUCUACCUCGGCGUGACGCUUGCAACGGGUCAAUACUGGUACAGCAUCUCUCAGCUCAUGACCAAGGUGCGCGGUGCCUAUGUUGAGGCCAUCUAUCGCAAGGGUCUCGACCUGCAUCUCAGGGUUGCAAGAACCAGCGGUGGUGGAAAGGCGGCCAACCUUAUGAGCGUCGACAGCGAGCGCGUGGUCCAAGCUGUUAACAUGGUCCACGAGCUGUGGAGUGGAUGCAUCACCAUCGUUGUCGGUAUCUACCUCCUGUAUGCUCGGCUGGGACUCGUUUUCCUUGCUUGCAUGGUGGCAGUAGCUGCUUGCUUCUUCCUGACGCCCUUUGCAAGUCGAGGAAUUGGCGCAAAGCAGGGUGUGUGGUCUGCCCGCACCGACAAACGAGUCAACCUCACCUCGAGCAUCAUCUCAGACAUCAAAGGUGUCAAGCUGUCGGCUUACGAGCAGAUCCUGCACGCCAAGAUUUGCAAAGCACGCACAGAAGAGCUCCAAGCGCGCAGCUCGAUCAUGAAGCAGAUUAUCGGAGUGGUCGUCUUCACCAACUGCACAGGCGAGAUGCUGGGGCUGUGCACGUUUAUCACGCUCAUCGUCGUCGACAAGCUGUCUGGGUCCAGUCGUUUUGACCUCAACACGGUCUUGACCACGCUGCCGAUCUUCGGCAUGCUGCAACAGCCGCUUUUCGACCUUGGACAGCAGUAUUCGGCGCUGCUGCAAGCAUGGGAGAGCAUGAGGCGCAUCGAAGAGUUUCUGAGCAGCGAGGCCAAGCCCGAUGCCCAGCCUGCUAUCGACGCUGGCUUGGCUGCAUCGGCCGCUUGUGCUGGCGGAUCGAACGAGAUCGACGAGCCAGUUGACUUUGCAGCCAAGUUCGAGAGGGCUCACCUCGGCUGGGCUACAGAGACAGUGCUUGCAGAUGUGGACCUCGAGAUUCCUGCAAAGUCGUUGACUAUGAUUUGCGGAAAGCUAGGACAGGGCAAAUCGACGCUGCUACAGGCUCUGCUGGGCGAGUGCGAUCUGCUGCAGGGGCAACAGCAGCUACCUCUGCUCGCUCAACGUGUGGCGUACGUGAGCCAAGAUGUCUGGCUGCAGGAGCAGCGCACGAUUCGCGACAAUAUCGUCUUUGCUACCGGCGAGUACGACGAGGACAGCUACUUUCAAGCACUUCGAGCUUGUGCGCUCAUCGAGGACAUUGCCGGCCUCGAAUUAGGCGAUGCAACCAUGGCAAACGCACUGAGCGGAGGCCAACGACAGCGGGUGGCUGUUGCACGCGCCGUGUACAGCCGCGCUGAGACCUAUAUCUUUGACGACAUCACGAGCGCUCUGGAUGCCGAGACAGCCGCUCACAUGUGGCGAUCUCUCAUGGGCCAGUCCGGUCUCCUGGCAGGCAAAACCGUCAUCAUGGCGACCAAUGCCGUCCACCUACUCCACCACGCCCAGCUCGUCGUCCGCAUCGAUGCCGGCAAGAUCUCAGAGUCGGGUCGGUACGAGGAGCUAUCCAUUAAGGGCAAAGACGCCAUCUCCCGUACAAGUAUCGACUCGCAAAGGGCACUGGCAUUCGCUGACCCAAUCCAAGACAAGGUCGUAGAGUUCAACUCGCCAGAGGAGCACGAAGAUAUCUUGACCGGCUCUGUUGGCUGGAAAAACUAUGCAACGUGGUUCAAAGCAGCAGGGCAUGCUAGGAUUGCCUUAUACGUGUUGUGCAAAGUGUUUUGGGCUGCAUCGCUCUCUGGCCAAUCGUACUACCUACAGGCGUGGGCUGAAUCACAGCAGAGGCACGCAUUCCGCGAAUGGGGAGCAUGGAUUGCUGGCUACAUCUGCCUGAUCCCCAUGAGCGCCAUCUUCCUUGCAGUAGCCUUUUGGCUGCUCUGUGUCAAAGCGGCAGAGCUGGCAGGCAACAGGUUGCACGCUGACGAGCUCAAGGGGGUGCUAUCUGCACCUCUUUCCUUCUUCAGCCAGUGGAGUGCAGGUCAAAUGACGAAUCGAUUCUCUCAGGAUCUUUACAACGUGGAUCAAACCUUUGUCAUGGCGCUUCUCAACACGACCGGCAAUAGUUUGGAAUUGUUGGCGACCAUGGUCGCUAUGAUGGUGGCAGCGCCUCAGCUUAUUGUUGUUGCCGUGGUGCUCAUCGGUGCUGCGUGGGGCAUCCAGAGGCUGUACCUUGGGUCGAGCUUGGCAACCAUCCGAGGGCUCAAGCGCGAGGCAUUUUUGCUCGAUCUCAACACGGCUUCGCUGGACCAAUCGCAGAAACCACUGUACCAUCUGUUUGCCGUGCGAAGGUGGCUGCAGACGUGGUUGCUGCUGCUCACAACCAUGAUCAACAUUGCGCUGGUGGCACUGGCCGUGGUGCUGCGUCACUCGAGUCAGGCCGGUCUGUUUGGCGUUGCGCUGGUCCAGGCGACCGGACUGGGCAACAGCCUCAAUGCCGUCGUCAUCUGCUUAACCGAGGUCGAGAUUGCCGGCGUAGCACUCGAGCGUGUGCGCGAACUAAGCCAGAUCAAGGCAGAGGACGUUUCGCCGAUGGGUGCCGGCACGAGGAAGUCCCCUGGCUUGGUUCGAGGCGACAUUCACUUCGACAAGGUGACCGUGUCGUACGGGCCAGACAUGGAGCCUGCGAUCAAAGAGCUCAGUUUCCAGCUGGCUGGCGGCAAGCGCCUUGGUAUCGUCGGACGUAGCGGAUCGGGCAAGAGCACCUCGCUGCUGGCGCUGUUUGGGAUGAUCGAGAUUCGCUCGGGCACCAUCCGCAUUGAUGAUGAGGACAUCAAGCAAAAGGCUCGUUGUGAUCUUCGAUCUCAGAUGAGCAUCGUGCCGCAGAAUCCUUUGGUGCUUGCGGCGACGAUCCGCGAAAACUUGGACCCGGAAGGGACGUGCUCUGACCACGAGCUGUGGGAUGCGCUGCAGAAGUGCGAGUUGACCUCGUUUGUCAAGAAGCAGGCCAACGAGCUCGAGGAGCUCCUGUUGACCGGCGACACAUUCAUCAGCACGGGCCAGAAGCAGUUGCUGGCACUUGCCCGUGCUCUGUUGCGCAAGCGCAAGAUCCUCGUGCUAGACGAGGCGACGAGCGCGAUGGACGUCGAGACGGAUCAAGCGGUGCAGAGCGUGCUGUCGAGCCAGUUUGCCGAAUGUACUGUGAUUGCAGUUGCGCACCGGAUCGCCACUGUCAUGGAUUUCGACCAGAUCAUCUGCAUGUCCAGUGGCCGCGCUGUCGAGAUGGGAAGCCCAAAGGAACUGUUGCAAAGGCGAGGAGAGUUCUGGGCGCUAGCCUGCGAGCAAAAGUGCGUCUGA